GUGCCGCAGCCGACUGACAAGCAUGGUCCUUAGCUGCAUCUACACAGUACAGGAUUGUUUACUGUGCUUCUGCCGCCAGCAAAGGAAUAUCUAUACAUAAUAACACAAUGGCUUACUUGGCUCAGUUGUUUGACAAGAUGUCCGAUCCUAUCACUAUAACAGAGCUGCUUGUUGCAUUUGUGGCAUUUGCUGCCAUUUUUCUACUACUCAGGUCUUCUUUCAGACAAAAGAUCCCAAAAGGCACAAAAAAGCUACCUGGUCCUAUGCCUUUACCAAUAAUUGGCAACCUGUUUUCGCUAAGCAAGAACCCCCACAUCAGUUUGACGAAGAUGAGUGAAAAAUAUGGAGAUGUGAUGCAGAUUCAGAUAGGCACCAAGCCUGUUCUUGUGCUGAGUGGGCUGGAAACACUCAGACAAGCCUUGCUGAAGCAGGGUGAUGACUUUGCCGGACGCCCAGACCUUUUCACAUUUCGACUGAUUGGUGACGGGCAGAGCUUAACAUUUAGUCAUGAUUCUGGAGAGGUUUGGCGAGCUCGCCGCAGACUAGCGCAAAAUGCACUCAAAACUUUUUCCACAUCUCCCUCACUUACAACCUCUAGUUCCUGUCUGGUAGAAGAGCACAUAAGUAAAGAGGCAGAAACCCUAAUGAAAAAGUUCAUGCAGGUCAUAGAGGAGAAGGGAGAGAUUGACCCCUUCAGAUAUAUAGUUGUCUCAGUAGCUAAUGUCGUUUGCGCCAUGUGCUUUGGAAAACGCUACAACCAUGAUGACGAAGAGCUUUUGAACGUACUGAAAUUGACAGAUGAUUUUGGAGCAGCAGCUGCAUCAGGAAAUCCUGCUGAUUUCAUCCCAAUACUCCAGUACCUUCCAAGCAGCACCAUGAAAGCCUUUGUGGAGGUCAACAAAAAGUUUCUAUCCUUUGUACAGAAGAUUGUCAAUGAGCAUUACAAAACUUUUGAUACGAAUAAUGUCCGUGAUAUCACAGAUUCUCUGAUCCAACAUUGUCAAGAAAAGAAAGAUGACAACUCCAGUGUUCAAAUAUCCAACCAAAAAAUUGUGAACAUUGUUAAUGACCUCUUUGGAGCUGGGUUUGACACUAUUACGACCGCCCUGUCAUGGAGUCUCAUGUACCUGGUGGUCUAUCCUGAAAUACAAGAGAAAAUUCAAAAGGAAUUAGACAAUGUCAUUGGAAGAGAUAGAAGACCAAGAUUAUCAGAUAGAGCUCAGCUGCCUUAUACUGAAGCCUUCAUAACAGAAAUGUUCCGUCAUUCCUCCUUCCUGCCUUUCACAAUUCCGCACUGCACCACCAAGGAUACUACGCUGAAUGGAUAUUUCAUCCCCAAGGGAAUAUGUGUAAUGAUUAACCAAUGGCAAAUUAACCAUGACCCGAAUCUUUGGAAGGACCCAUCCAACUUCUACCCAGAACGCUUUCUAAAUCCAGAUGGCAACUCACUUAACAAACUAGAAGUAGAAAAAGUGAUGGUGUUUGGAUUAGGCAAGAGAAGAUGCUUAGGUGAGGCGAUUGCGAGAAUGGAAGUUUUUCUCUUCCUCACCACAAUACUACAGCAGAUGCAGUUCUACAGGCAAGGAGAUAAGCUGGAUAUGUCGCCCAAAUAUGGACUUACCAUGAAGCACAAACGAUACCUUCUCAAUGCCAAACUGAGGUUUCCCAUGAUCUGUUCUGAUUAGAAGUCUAGUAUCUGUCACAGCUUGAGAGGUUUUCAAGAUCUUAUACUAUAAUGCUUAAAAGGCUGAAUGUCUUUAGGUUCCAUUUUGAUACACUUGGAGUGUAAUCAGUUUUGAGUGUUUAAUAUUUGCUCGUUUGACAUUACAAAAGCAUAUACAUGUUUUUGAGACAAUGUAGAGCAAAUGGCAAAAACAUUUUACAAAGCAGAGAGGGAGGACAUUCUACAAGAUGUAGACUUUUGUAAAUGAAGGAAGUACUUGUUGCUUUAAAAUAAGCUACUUAGGUUAGAGACAUUUUGAGCAUGAUGGGCACCAUAGUUCACGAAAGCCAAAUGUCAGGUUAAUUCUAAACUAUAAUAUCACAUAUUGAAAUCUUGACUGUGCUAAUGCUGCUUACUUGUGUUAAUGGUAUUGCAAUACAUACAAUUUUUUUUAUGUAUUUGUCUCACAAUAGUAUGUGCUUAUCUGAAUUUUAGCCAGACAAUGCUAUAAAACUUUCAAUGAACAACAAUUUGUCAAAACACAGUUUACAAAAAAUUGCAGGAAAAAAAACAAACUAAUAAUAACCCCCCGCCCCCCCAGCAUUGCGACAAACACUAAAGUGAAAGUUAAAAAGGUAUAUAGUACACUUUGUGGUAUAUUGAUACCCUUCAGUAAGAAUUCUAAUAACAUUUUAAUUGAGUAAUAAGUGGGUCAGAAUUAUUUUAUUCCUGUUACCAUAUUCAGUAAAAUUAGUUUGAAAAGCUUUGUGAGAACUUUAAAGACCAAAGAAAGGAGUUGAAAUGUAGCUAUAUCAGAAUAUAUAUAUAUUACAGUUAUAUUUUUUCAUUCUGUUGCUUGUGAAUUUAUUUGUAUCCCAUUCUUAUGUGAACAGAACAUAUAUUUUUCAUAACGAUUUAUUAAAAUACUAUUGUAUAUUUGUAUAUAACAGUCUCUAUGAGAUAAUAAACAAAUAAAAUGUAA